GAUUAUUAAAAAGGCAGCAGGACCAUGGUACGGUGUAUUCCAUAAGGCCGUACCAACCGGAGAGGCACUAGGUCCCCCAUGAGCUGAGAUAAGUCAGCCCAGCACAUGAUAUUGGAAGACGGAUAGCAUAUUAUUUAUUCCGAGCCAGUGAAUAGGUCCUGUAGCUGUAAGGGUGGUCAUAUCGAUAAGGCUGGAAUAAGGUGACACCCGCGACAACUCGAGGUCACGUGCCGCUCCACCCCUUCCCCGCAUCAGAGGAAGUCGCUGGGAAAGGAAGCCCGCAGUACAGUACUGAACCUAAUAAGAAUAGCUAGGUUGCGGGAAUACACGGAAUUCAUGGCACACAAUCGUGUGCAAGUGUGCCUCCCUCAUGGACUACCAUGCAAUUCACGGGCAUGACGUCGCCAGUUUCGAACUACCCGCAACUCAUCGACUCCCCACCAUCUCGGCGGCACAGGCCCUCGAAGAUUUAGAUGGUAACCCGUCAAGGUUUGUAUCAACAGGCCUUGACGGUCUCGAUAGGCUCUUGGCAGAUCAUUUCUCGGGCGCCAGCUCAGGCAAGUCUGUUUGGGGAGGAAUCCAGAAAGGGCAGGUGACAGAAGUAUGGGGCCCUCCUGGAUCUGGUAAAACCACACUGGGGGUUCAAUUGAGCAGCACUGUCCUGGGCGAGCAUCGAGGGGUGGUGUGGGUAGAUUGCUCCUCCCCCUUGUGUAGUCAACGACUCUCUGCUGUUGUUGCGGCGAGGACAGGCACGUCAGACGAGACGGUAUCUAACCACUUGAGACACUUCAUCCACUACACCUGCCCAACGCUUCCUCACUUCACUGCAUUGCUAUGCAGGCCGACAGACAGUUGCAUCCCCAGAGACACAUCGCUCGUAGUCAUUGACUCCUUAUCCGCACUCCUGAAUCACAAUUUCCCUAAGAUCCCCGAGGCAAAAGGCACCCCAAGUUCGGGAAAGGGUCCGUCCUUGUCUUCUCGGAGGUUCCAGGUGCUUCAGUAUAUCAUCGAUGCACUGAAGAAGCUUGCAGCAACACGUGACAUUGCUAUUGUUGUUCUCACACAAUGUGCCACGAAAAUGCAGGUGGAACGAGGCCCGACCCUCAUACCGGCCAUCAAUGCCAACGUCUGGGAGCAGGGUAUCUUCACUAGGCUGGUUUUGUUCAGGGACUGGGGCGUGCAUCAAGACAAACCAACUGGGCUGCAUUUUGCAGGAGCCCAGAAGAUAAACGGAAGGGGUCAUUAUGGAUCCAUCGAAAACAUCGCCGCUUUUAGCAUCGAAUCGAGGGGCUUAGUUGCAGCAAGCUUCGACUCCGCUAGUCAGGCAUCAAUUACCUUGCCCACAACGCCGGCGCGGAAGCGCAAGUUGAGAGACACAGACUUCGAGGUCGCUGAUAGCGAGGACGAGGACUACGGGUGGCAAGUUGAGGAUGAGGAUGCUAUCCCGGGUAUGCCAUCCCAAUGGCAAGGCAGCGAGGACCUCCUCCUCGGGCAACGUCCAGAGAGCGACGGAAGCCAAGACGAGGAUGGCCAAGCUCCAGUGGCGGUGUUGGGGUCCGGCGAGGGAAGUAUCGCCGAAGAAGGGGCAGAGGAAUCGCCGGACGGACAAGGGGCAGAGGAUAUUGCCGAAGGAAGUGCCUGAACAUGGGCCAUGACUCGGGAAAGCCAUACAGCCGUCGCUUCGCCUCCUCCGGGUUCCCCAGCGAUAACUGGGGCGUCCCGCCUUCAUACAGAAUUUUUUCUUACACGCAAGGGGCAAGUCGUAAUCCCG